CGAGCCGCCGCCGCCCUCCCUCCGUUGCCCCUCCCCUCGCCAGGGAUCGGUAAGGUCCGAUAUAAACAGGGCUGUCCGGGAGGACGUGCACUUCACGGGAGCUGAAUCAGCGAUCAAACCGGUUAUAAGCACAGAACAUUGAGCGAGAUGGGAGGAGCCUCUCACCUGACCUGCAGAGUAGCACUGCUGCUGUGCCUGUCUAUCACUGCCAGCACCCAGAAUCAACCAGCACAAGGCACAGACUGCACUCGGAUCAAAGCACUGAACCCACGGGCCGUCAGCGGAGUCUACCUGAUCCAGCCAGCUGGAGCCAGCCUCCCCUUCCAGGUGUUCUGUGACAUGGCUGCGGAGGGGGGCUGGACGGUUCUGCAGAGGCGCAGCGGCACAGAGAACCUGUCCUUCCGCAGGGGCUGGGCGCAGUACAGGAACGGCUUUGGGAAACUCCACGGUGAUCACUGGCUGGGUCUGGAGAAGAUGUGGUCUCUGACUGGAAGCCAGGGGGGCAGGUUCCGCCUGCGUGUGGAGCUGCAGGACUUCGAGGGGAGCUCUGCCUUCGCUGACUACUCCACCUUCCGUCUCGGCAGCGAGAGGGAGUCCUACAGGCUGCACGUCGGGGCUCACUCUGGCAAUGCAGGAGAUGCUUUCCAAGGCACGUACCCGGGGAUAGACCAGAACGGCAGUGCCUUCAGCACCCGGGACAGGGACAAUGACGGCUGCAACCCCUGCGUCUUCGGGGACAUCGCCAUGAUGAGCUGCAGUGAACUCCAGGGCGGCUCAGGGUGGUGGUUCAGUCGCUGCGGCUCUGCCAAUCUCAAUGGAGACUGGCACCCCAGAGGAGACAACAUCGGCUGGAGCUCGGGGGUGUACUGGAAGAGCUGGAAGGGGCCCGCCCCCUACUCCCUCAGGGCCAGCGUGAUGAAGGUGAAGGCGCUCUGACUCGAGCUCAGCCCCCGACCAGCCCUCUCCCUCGGAGCUGCGUCGCUUUAAUGGAAUCCGUCUCUCACAAGUGAGAAGUCACGUCACUCAAGUUCAUUAGAUUCCAGAAGUGAGAGAUUUACUGCGAUUCUUUCAUUUUUUUUUUUAGGGACAUGAAGUGGAGUUUGGUACAUCCUGUUUUUUGUUUGACUGUUAAAUCUGCUGUGUUUGUUAAAUACUGAAAAUAAUCUGUACUCUUGUAAAAGGGCUUUGCUUCCACUCUGUAAUUAAAGUUUCUCCACACCAUG